AAGUUAUAGAGAGAGAUAACCUAUGGACUUUUUAUUCUUAAUCUAAGCUAUGGACCAAGAAUACACUUCAGCCUCGCCAAAACUCGCAAAAAAACAUACCUACAUCUUUUCAGAAAGAUGACAAUCGAAGGAAAGUCAUUUCAAAAAUGAAAAAAAAAAUGCGCAGUAGAUCCACCAAUGAGAUGUUGAAUCAAUUGCUAAAUCUCACGUGUUGUGUUCUUUGUUUACAAAUAUCAUAAUUUCGUAACGAUUGAUCAAAAUAGAUGAGGUAUUUUGAAUAGCCGUUCAGUUGGACUCGUGUGUAAUUUGUUUUUUAAUCAAACAUUUCAAUUAUGUUUGUUAUUACUCCAGUAAAAAAUUAUAUCAGCAAAUUUUUCGCAACUGCGCCUAAAGCAAUUCCUGCUGCUGAGAUAGGGCUGAUGGAUGUAUAUUUAGAAGAAAUACUUAAAAUUUUAAGUUGGAAUGACCCACAUUCAACAUUAAAAGCAUUUUGUGUCUUCAACAUUUUUGCCCUAACAGUCUUAACCUUUGAUAUAAAGUUUUAUGGAAUAUUCUUUCUGGUUCUUAGUUUUAUUUUUGUUUACGACACCAGAUGUAGGGAACAGUUAUACGCAGAGUAUAAAGGAGAAUAUGCCUAUCUUGUUAAAGAAAUUAAGAACGGAAUUUCUAAAAUAACUGACAUGCUGCAAUGUUUACACAGAGACAGCCCCGUAAUGUUCACAUGCUUCAUGGUGCUAUUUUUUCUUACAAUGCGAAUAAUUUCAUUAAGUAUGUCUGGAAUUACCUUGUGUAUGGUGCUAUUGUUUAUGCCCUUUUGUAUACCUAAGGGCAUUCAACUCCUUCCUGAAGAUACAACUGAAAAAUUAAAAUACUUCUUAAAUAGUUUAAGCACGCCUAAAAUUUUAGAUGUUUUAGCAGAGGAUGAAUUAAUUCCCUUCAUACAAGGAAAAGAUUUUUCAAGACGUGAAGCUGAUCUGGAAAGUUUACUAACAGACCGUACUGCAGACUCAGUUACAAACAGUUUUGUAAGUGGGAUUACUGCAAUGCCAUCAUAUAUGGAGAUUGCUGGAACAGAAAAAGAUCUGGAAGAAGAAGAUUUAAUACCAAACCGUUCUUCACAUAAUAAGAUGUUAAAAAGUGAAUUAUCUAGCGAUUCUGAAUCAGAUAACAAGGAUAUACAAUUCGACUCUGAUCAUUUCAAUACCAGUUCAUCAGAAGAAGAGCAUUUUUCUAAGGGCCUUGCAUUUCCCAAAGAACAGAAAGAAACCGAAGGUUUGGAGAAAAUAAUCAGCAGCGUCAUGUCGUCUGUAAGUGAAAAUGUUCUUGCAAAUAUCUUAUAUUCUGGAAUCGGUAGAGAAAAACAACCGGCAAAGAAAGUGCGCAAUAGUGAAAGUGAUGAUAGUAGUGAUUUUGAAAUUAUUGAUUAUGUUUCUAGUGAAGAUGAUUAAUAAUAUAUCCUAUUAAUUUACUUUAGGAUUUCAGUAUACUCACAACUUAAAAAAGGAUUUUAUUUUUUAUUUAAGCAAUAAAUAAACCUAAAUAAUGUGAAUA